AGCAGGCCUCUUCGGGGGGCACGCAUUUAGUGGGGGGGUCGUGGAUGGGGACGGGGGUGGCCGCGGAGCGCUCCCUCCCUGAGGGGAGGUUUGGCUGGUUCGCAGGGGCUGCGGGCUUGGCGUGGUUGGAGGGAGCGAUGUACCCAGGCCUGGACUACAUCUAUUUAACAUGCAGUGUCAGGGGUUCGUACAUCGAACAGAGAGAGAUGCUUAAUAUUUUUUUGUUACUGGUAUCUAUUUAUUUUAGUAUUCUAAGUAAAAUCAGAGACAUAUUUCUAGAAACGAUCAAGGUUUCUGAUGGCCUUAAUGUGCAAACGUGGCUUUUAAGUCAGCUAUGGUUUGGUAAGGUAACUGUUUUUGCAUCCAGGCAAAUAUUUACACCCAGAAAACACUAACUAAAUGCUAUUUGAGUCUUUUGUGUUUAUCUUAAGCAUCAAUUGCCUGGUUCAUUUUGUUGUUCCUUUUCAUUUUCUUCUGCAGCAGCCCUAUUCCACCUGCCCUUUGACUGAUCUAUAGAGAAAUUACAUAUAUUAACAAUGAACUAUGCUCUGCUGCUUGAAUCACAAAGCUGAAGUUUCUUAACUUCGGGAAUGGAUUGAGAAACCACAUUUCUUCAAGUUGGUCUAAGUGGAUCCUAGAAGUCUCUGGCUGUCUUCAAGUAUAUGCAUAUACCUUUGGAGACUUUUAGGAACAGUAGGGUUUAUUUUCAUUUGGUGGGUCGUUGGCUUUUUUUUGUUUUGCUUUACCAUCUGAGCUUGGUAACUUUCAGAACUGUAACAAUUGGCAUAUAAUUUGUGCUUUUGUCUCCUUGUUUGGUGCAUUUGUUUUAUUUUAAUCUGAAAUGUGGUCCAUCACAGUUAAUUGAGCUAUACCACCUGGAAAUAUAACUUAAGCUGUUUUGACUUAUUUCUAGCUCCAGGACGCUGCUGGUGCCAUGAGCACUAUGUAGAUCUGUAUGGUAUUCAUCCAAACCUAUCUUUGAUUCAAAGACUUUUUGUGUCUUAAACCUUCACAGUAGAAGGUGAAUGCUAUCACACUGUGUUGUAGGGACUAUUGGGCUGCUGGACCUAGCCCUAGAAGACUUCUAAAGAGGAGAAUGUCUUCUUGGGGCAUGAGUAGCUCAUGACGAGAUAGAACUGGUUCUGGCUUCUGGAGAGUUUGGUUUUCUCCCCACCUGCCUAGGUAUUUAGGAGUUCAGUUUGUUACAAAUAAGAUUUGUGAUGAGCUUAUGAGUAAACCAGAGGUGUUGCAUUCAAAAAUAUUUUUUACCAUGUUACUAAUAGAAUGCUUCCAUGGUUGUAUCUCUUGUAGGUUUUGAGCACAAAAUCUUUUGGGGAUAAAGAGUAAAGUCAGCCUAAUGUGGGUGUUAGAGGUUGAACCAUAUUUUUUUCCUUUUCAACCUUUCUCUGUUCUCCCUUUCCUUACCUUCAUAGCAUCUUUUAUUUCAGCUGAAGUUUCCUGGUUUGGUUAAAUACUGCUGAACAUCUUGCUUUGCAAAAUACCAGUCCUAAACUACAGUUGGAAAUUGUCUUGAUUCUACUAGUGUAUGUGCCACAUUCUGUGUCCGUGCUCUGGGAGAAGUUGGAAGCAGAGUUGACAUUUUCAAAGAAGAGAGAAUUGAAGAGAAUGCUUGUUGGUGGCCUGCCUUUGGAGGACAUUCAGGCAGCGCUCACAUGAUCUCAGGAGGUUUCAUGAUUAUAGAUAAGAGAACUUAAGUUCAGGAUGCUAAAAAGGAAACAGAGUUCAAGGGUGGAAGCCCAGCCAGUUACGGAUUUUGGACCUGAUGAAUCUUUGUCAGACAAUGCAGAUAUUCUAUGGAUUAACAAACCAUGGGUACACUCUUUACUACGAAUUUGUGCCAUCAUCAGUGUUAUUUCUGUGUGUAUGAACACUCCAAAAACCUUCGAGCAUUAUCCGCCUCUCCAGUAUGUGACAUUUGCUCUUGAUACUCUGUUGAUGUUUCUUUACACUGCAGAGAUGAUAGCAAAAAUGCAUAUCCGUGGGAUAGUUAAGGGUGAUAGCUCCUACGUAAAAGAUCGUUGGUGUGUGUUUGAUGGAUUCAUGGUCUUUUGUCUUUGGGUGUCACUGGUUUUGCAGGUGUUUGAAAUAGCUGAAAUAGUUGACCAAAUGUCCCCUUGGGGCAUGUUACGGAUUCCACGACCACUCAUUAUGAUUCGAGCAUUCCGAAUAUAUUUUCGUUUUGAGCUGCCAAGAACUAGGAUAACAAAUAUCUUGAAGCGUUCUGGAGAGCAAAUAUGGAGCGUUUCAAUUUUUCUUCUGUUCUUUCUUCUCCUGUAUGGGAUCCUGGGUGUGCAGAUGUUUGGAACUUUUACAUAUCAUUGUGUGACUGAUGACACACAGCCAGGAAAUGUAACCUGGAAUAAUUUAGCUAUCCCAGACACCCACUGUUCCAGAGAGCUAGAAGAAGGUUACCAGUGCCCACCUGGAUUUAAAUGCAUGGACCUUGAAGAUCUGGGACUAAGCAGGCAAGAGCUGGGCUACAGUGGCUUUAAUGAGAUAGGCACAAGUAUAUUUACUGUUUACGAAGCUGCUUCCCAGGAAGGCUGGGUGUUCCUUAUGUACCGAGCAAUUGACAGUUUUCCCCGAUGGCGUUCAUAUUUCUAUUUCAUCACCUUAAUUUUCUUUCUGGCCUGGCUUGUUAAGAAUGUUUUUAUUGCAGUCAUCAUUGAAACGUUUGCAGAAAUUAGAGUGCAGUUCCAGCAGAUGUGGGGGUCCAGGAGCAGUACUACUUCAACUGCCACCACCCAGAUGUUUCAUGAAGAUGCUGCUGGAGGUUGGCAGCUUGUGGCUGUUGAUGUGAAUAAACCCCAAGGCAGAGCUCCUGCAUGUCUACAGAAAAUGAUGAGGUCAUCUGUAUUUCAUAUGUUCAUACUAAGCAUGGUUGCUGUCGAUGUGAUUGUUGCUGCUAGCAACUACUAUAAAGGAGAAAAUUUCAAGAGACAAUAUGAUGAAUUUUAUCUUGCUGAGGUUGCUUUUACAGUUCUGUUUGAUUUAGAAGCUCUUCUGAAGAUCUGGUGUUUGGGUUUCACAGGAUACAUCAGCUCAUCUCUUCACAAGUUUGAGUUGCUGCUUGUAAUUGGAACCACUCUCCAUAUUUAUCCAGAUCUCUAUCACUCUCAAUUUACGUAUUUUCAGGUUCUUAGAGUAGUUCGGCUUAUAAAGAUUUCUCCCGCUUUGGAGGAUUUUGUGUAUAAGAUAUUUGGACCAGGAAAAAAACUUGGGAGUUUGGUAGUAUUUACUGCCAGCCUUUUGAUUGUAAUGUCAGCAAUCAGUUUACAGAUGUUUUGCUUUGUGGAAGAACUGGAUAGAUUUACAACCUUUCCAAGGGCUUUCAUGUCAAUGUUUCAGAUUCUCACACAGGAAGGAUGGGUCGAUGUUAUGGAUCAGACACUGAAUGCUGUAGGACAUAUGUGGGCACCAGUGGUUGCCAUUUAUUUUAUACUAUAUCAUCUUUUUGCUACUCUGAUUCUACUCAGCUUAUUUGUUGCUGUUAUUUUGGACAACUUGGAACUUGAUGAAGAUCUAAAGAAACUUAAACAACUAAAGCAAAGUGAAGCUAAUGCAGAUACAAAGGAGAAGCUUCCCUUGCGUCUACGCAUCUUUGAAAAAUUUCCAAACAGGCCACAAAUGGUGAAAAUCUCGAAGCUUCCUUCAGAUUUUACAGUUCCAAAAAUAAGGGAAAGUUUUAUGAAGCAGUUUAUUGAUCGCCAGCAACAAGAUACCAGCUGUUUGCUGCGAAGACUUCCUUCAGCAUCUUCUUCCUCAUGUGACCACUCUAAAAGAUCAGCAAUUGAAGAAAACAGAUACAUUGAUCAAAAGGGUAAUCAGAGUGCAUUUCUACCAUGUAUUGAAGAGAUGAACAAAGACCUUAAAGUUGUCUCAGCCACACAGCUCCGUAAAUCUGUUUUCAGCAUCAGAGCAAGAAACCUUCUGGAAAAAGAGACAGCAAUCAAUAAAAUUCUAAGGGCCUGCACUAGACAGCGCAUGCUGAGCGGAUCAUUUGAGGGGCAGCCAGCAAAGGAAAGGUCAAUACUUAGUGUCCAGCAUCACAUACGACAAGAACGCAGGUCACUGAGACAUGGUUCAAACAGCCAGCGAAUCAGCAGAGGAAAAUCUCUUGAAACAUUGACUCAAGAUCACUCCAACACAGUGAGAUACAGAAAUGCACAGAGAGAAGACAGUGAGAUAAAGAUGAUCCAAGAGAAAAAGGAACAAGCGGAAAUGAAAAGGAAAGUCCAGGAGGAGGAGCUGCGAGAGAAUCACCCGUAUUUUGAUAAACCCCUUUUCAUAGUUGGCCGUGAGCACAGAUUCAGGAACUUCUGCCGAGUGGUGGUACGGGCUCGCUUUAAUGCUUCUAAAACAGAUCCUGUUACUGGAGCUGUGAAAAAUACCAAAUACCAUCAGCUUUAUGACUUGCUGGGUUUGGUUACUUACCUGGACUGGGUCAUGAUCAUUGUUACGAUAUGCUCCUGCAUUUCCAUGAUGUUUGAAUCCCCUUUUAGAAGAGUUAUGCAUGCUCCAACACUCCAGAUUGCUGAAUACGUUUUUGUAAUAUUCAUGAGCAUUGAGCUUAAUCUGAAGAUUAUGGCAGAUGGCUUGUUCUUUACUCCAACAGCUGUCAUUAGGGACUUUGGAGGAGUUAUGGACAUAUUUAUAUAUCUUGUGAGUUUGAUAUUCCUGUGCUGGAUGCCUCAGAACGUCCCUGCCAAAUCCGGGGCUCAGCUCUUAAUGGUGCUCCGCUGCCUCCGACCCCUUCGAAUUUUCAAACUGGUCCCUCAGAUGAGGAAAGUGGUGCGAGAGCUGUUUAGUGGCUUCAAGGAAAUUUUUUUGGUUUCUAUUCUUUUGCUGACGUUAAUGCUUGUUUUCGCAAGCUUUGGAGUACAGCUGUUUGCUGGAAAACUGGCUAAAUGCAACGACCCUCACAUCAUCUCUAGGGAGGAUUGUCAUGGCAUCUUCAGAAUAAAUGUAAGUGUUUCCAAAAAUCUCAAUUUAAAGUUAAGACCUGGAGAGAAAAAGCCUGGAUUUUGGGUGCCACGAGUCUGGGCAAAUCCUCGGAAUUUUAAUUUUGAUAAUGUGGGCAAUGCAAUGCUGGCACUUUUUGAAGUUCUGUCCUUAAAAGGCUGGGUAGAAGUCAGAGAUGUCAUCAUUCAUCGUGUUGGGCCGAUCCAUGGAAUCUACAUCCAUGUUUUUGUAUUCCUUGGCUGCAUGAUUGGACUGACCCUUUUUGUUGGAGUUGUCAUCGCUAAUUUUAAUGAAAACAAGGGGACAGCUUUACUGACUGUAGAUCAGAGACGAUGGGAAGAUCUGAAAAGCAGACUGAAGAUAGCACAACCUCUUCAUCUCCCACCUCGUCCGGAUAACGAUGGCUUUAGAGCAAAGAUGUAUGAUAUAACUCAGCAUCCAUUUUUUAAGAGGACUAUUGCUGUACUUGUUCUGGCCCAGUCUGUGUUGUUAUCAGUUAAGUGGGAUGCUGCAGAUCCAGUAACUGUGCCUUUAGCAACAAUGUCUGUUGUUUUCACCUUCAUUUUUGUCCUUGAGGUCACAAUGAAGAUUAUUGCCAUGUCACCUUCUGGCUUCUGGCAAAGCAGAAGAAACCGGUAUGACCUCUUGGUGACAUCUCUUGGAGUUAUAUGGGUCAUACUUCAUUUUGCCUUACUGAAUGCAUACACAUACAUGAUGGGGGCAUGUGUAAUUGUCUUCAGGUUUUUCUCCAUUUGUGGGAAGCAUGUAACACUAAAAAUGCUUCUCCUGACUGUGGUUGUCAGCAUGUACAAGAGUUUCUUCAUCAUAGUGGGCAUGUUCUUACUGCUUCUUUGUUAUGCUUUUGCUGGAGUGGUGUUAUUUGGUACAGUGAAAUACGGAGAGAACAUUAACAGACAUGCAAAUUUUUCAUCAGCUGGCAAGGCUAUUACUGUACUCUUCAGAAUAGUUACUGGAGAAGACUGGAACAAAAUUAUGCACGACUGCAUGGUUCAGCCUCCAUUUUGUACACCAGAUAACAGCACCUACUGGAAAACAGACUGUGGAAAUUAUGCUGGUGCCCUUAUGUAUUUCUGCUCUUUCUAUGUCAUCAUUGCAUACAUCAUGUUAAAUUUGCUUGUUGCUAUCAUUGUGGAGAAUUUCUCAUUGUUUUACUCAACUGAAGAAGAUCAGCUUUUAAGUUACAAUGACCUAAGGCAUUUUCAAAUUAUAUGGAACAUGGUUGAUGACAAAAGAGAGGGUGUUAUCCCUACCUUCCGAGUCAAAUUCCUGCUGAGGCUUCUGCGAGGCAGGCUGGAGGUGGAUCUUGACAAGGACAAGCUGCUGUUCAAGCACAUGUGCUAUGAAAUGGAGCGGCUCCACAAUGGUGGCGAUGUCACUUUUCAUGACGUGCUCAGCAUGCUUUCAUACAGGUCUGUUGAUAUCAGAAAAAGUCUUCAACUGGAAGAGCUGCUUGCCAGGGAGCAACUGGAAUAUACCAUAGAAGAGGAGGUGGCCAAACAAACCAUACGAAUGUGGCUGAAAAAGUGCUUAAAGCGAAUCAGAGCAAAACAGCAGCAGUCGUGCAGCAUUAUCCAUAGCCUACGAGAGAGCCAACAGCAGGAGUUGAGCCGAUUUCUGAAUCCUCCCAGCAUUGAGACAACACAGCCAAGUGAAGAUAUGAAUGCUCUUAAUCAAGAUAACAGUGCACAGCCAGAGACAAGUAGCCAGCAGCAGCUCCUUAGCCCAACACUUUCUGACAGAGGUGGCUAUAGACAAGACACUGGAGAUGCUGGGAAACCUCAGCGGAAAUUUGGACAAUGGCGCUUGCCAUCAGCCCCCAAACCAAUAAGCCAUUCAGUGUCUUCAGUCAACCUCCGUUUUGGUGGACGUUCAACUAUGAAAUCUGUUGCAUGCAAAAUGAAUCCCAUGUCUGAUGCUGCUUCCUGUGGAUCAGAAGUCAAGAAAUGGUGGACAAGACAAUUAACUGUGGAGAGUGAUGAGAGUGGAGAGGACCUUCUUGAUAUUUGAGAAGCAUUUAAGUCAUACCACAAUCCGUUUUUCUAUAUUUAGAAUUAAAGAUACUGUGAUGUAUGAUUUCUUUAAAAUCAAUGUCAUAAUUUUCUCUUACGCUUAUCCUCCUGCCAUAUGAAGUGUAGCCCACACUUCUGUGUUAGAAUUGACUUCUAUAGGUAUUAACUGUACUCUAAGAAACUUGUAUACUAUAGCAGUACUAACAAAGCCAGGAAGACUAUAAUGCCUGUAGCAGACAGAUCAUUGAAAGGUUUCAUGUGUUCUGUAAAACUAUAGUGAAAAUUUGAUAUAGACUUCAACCUUUACCAUGCUUUAAAGUGACAACACUACACAAUCCAGGGGUAAUGUAUUUCUUGUCAUUGGGUAUUCCUUACUUAGUAAUAUUUCUUUAGAAAAAUUUUAUUAUUCACAAAUGACCUGAAGAGGUCAGCACUGACUUCAUGUUCAAGGGAAGUAUUUUUACUAAGUACUGAUACUGAAUUACAAUUCUAAGCUUUCACUGGACCUUUUUUUUUAAAUAUGCAAGAUACAGGAUUACUCAUUUUAAAAUUAGAAGGUGAAGGACUGGCUUUUAAAAUGUAAAUAUCUUUGAGGUUUGGUUAAUUACAUAAAGAGCUUGAUUUUCAUAGAGAAAAUGAGUGGGGGGAGGAAAAGUACAUUAAAAACUGUGCAUUUAAGCAUCCAGCAGAAGACUUUCACAUGACAAAUAUGGGUUUAUGCUUCAUUUUCAGCAUAUACUGGUUACAUAUAUGUGUGGUGUCAUUAUUCUUCCUUUAAUUGGGUCCCAUUUUUCUUGUGUACUCCUAAGGUUUUCUUCUUGUCUGUGAUAAAAAUUAGCAUGUUGGGGAUUCUAAUUACAAAAUAGUAUUGUACAUCUUUAAAAAUACUUUCAGUUUUGCCUGCAUAGGUAGAAUUUUACUUUCCCAUGGUACUGCUCAUGCUGCAGGCCUGCAAAGGUAAGGCAUGGCACUGUGCUGUGACUAACUACCUUCGUCCCUUUUAUGCCAGCACAUCAUAUUUGACAUGUUAGCCUUCACUUGUUUUACGAGCCACCAAUAGCACUACAUUAUCGCCAGUGAAAAAGCAGCUAUCGCUUUCAUAAAAGCUUUUCCAGUGAAAUGCUAUAUGGAUGGAGAAGGAGAGCCACAAAACACAACUGUGUUUGCUAGUUUCAGAAUCUAAGGCUGCCAAAAAAUGUGGGGCAAAACUGUGCCCUUCCCUCAGGGAAGAACUAAGAGGUUGCAGAUUUUGUUGCUUGGCCCCUGACUAGGUUUUAUAGCAGAGCUGGGACCUUUCUGUUACCGUUGUUUCCUAUGGAAAUGAUAGUUUGCUCUAACAUGGCCUGAUGUGAGAUCUUGUAAGAGGCUCACGGUUUAUUUACAUCACCACUUUAAAAAUAUAUCCUUUCAAAAGCAGACAAAAGCCAGUGUUUUGCAAUUUUUUGCUGGACAAGAUAUUAAUCUAAAGUGGCCAGAAUACAACAGUGAAAACACACAGAUGCCUUCACCAAAAAUGAAAAAUUAGUUUCGACUCUGAAACACAGCUUUCUUGGCAUCUGUCAAUGUUUUUUCCCAGUGUAUGGUUGAACAUUGUUUAGAUUUUUUUUUUUUAAAGAAUCAUAUUGAAUUCAUCUGUAUUUUGUGGGGGGAGUUAUGUGUUUUGGGGUAUAAUUAAGUUUAAAUCUGGUCAACUGUAACUCUAUAGUAAAAGAAUAUGUGCAUUCUUUUGUUUAGUAGAUCAUGGAUCAUCAACAAAACUUCAUAUGCAAAUCCAUUACUUUGUUCUGUUUUGUGCUUGUUUAAGUUGAGCUUUUGUAUAUAUAACAAAAAGAUAAAUAUUGGAUUUAUAAAAGAGAAUAUCCUUGACAGUUCAAUAAUACAUUGAACUGCAGAUCACUCUUGCUGCAAGCCUUCUUUUUAAAAAAUCUGGCAAACAUUUUUUCCUUGCCUUACAGUACACUGUCAAUAAAAGUGAGUUGCUUUAAGCAA